AUGUUGGACGACAUCGGUGGAUACAAGGUCGACAUUACGGGGAGAAUUGAAAUCAAGAGUGAAGACGACAUAACAGCGCCCCCUAUCAUCGUCAUCUUCAUCUUUCAGGGCAAGGACAAGAUGACGACGUACUGGCUCGUCGGCAAGGACGGCUUCCACUUCAAGGCCACCCUUGACGCGUGCGUCUACAUUCCGAAGAAGCGCGCACACACGGCCGUCGUCGACGCCUUCAAGCUGAAACUCAACAUAGGCAUCGUUAACGCCAAGAAAAAGGCCGCAGCCGCCGCCGCGAAGGCCGAGGCGGCAGAGAACGGACAGGCGAGCGAUGUCGGCGCGUCUGCCGUCCGGCAGGGGGCGCCGGCCACGCUGACGAAGAUCUGCGAAAGCGAGCCGGCGCCGGUCGCCGACGCUUCCAGUGGCGUUUCCGCGGAACCGCUGUCGUCCGAAGCGGGGGCGCCCUCUGGCGACGACGCGGCCGCGGCGAGGACUCCGGCGCCCUCUGGCGAGACGCGGGCGGUCGGCGAGGCGUCGCCGGCAGGAAGGAAGUCCGGGAAGAAGGGAAAGACGAAGAACGGGAGCGUGAAGACGCACGCGAGUGACGCACCGGCGAGGCGUGAGGGCACGGCGUCAGCAAAUGACACAACGUCGCGGAACACAGCGGGAACUGCGUCGGCGAGUGACGCAUGUGGUGCGUCGGUGGGCGACGCAAGGCCGUGUGACGCGGCGGACGGUCCGAGAACGCGGACGAGUGAGUCGCUGGGCAUCGAACUCACGCAUAACAACGCACUCAACUACGUGAGCAAUGAACUACAUGCUUCUACGGAACACGUCACGUCUCCCAAACAUGUUCCAUCUACUGAACAACCCGGUCAUCCCGAACGCGCUGUCGUAACUGCGCAUUCACCGCCUCUGCUGGUGGCUCCAUCUACAACAGAGCGGGGAAACGCCGCUGACGCAGACGCCGUCCCCCGCGCGGCGCUCACGCAUGACGCUAUCACGUGCAGCGACGACGACGACGGCGGGGAAGCCCGACCGACGUCAGGGGGCGCUCGCCGCGAAUCGGCAAACUCGGUAGGUGGCCGAGACCGGACGACCCUCGACACGAGACCUUUGACUUUGACCUGUAGCUUUAGCGACGCGCAGGUUGGCGAGGCUAGAGCGCCCUCUACCGGCGACGGGGCAGCGUCUCCGAGAAAGGAAUCUAGCGCGAAGGAGAAAAGUGUAAAGAAGACGAAGAAGGGCAGCGUGAAGAGAGCCAGUAGAAAAGAAGCCAGCAAGAAAGAAACCGGUGCGAAGAACGACGGUGAAAAAACCCCCAGUGCGAUGGAGCUCGGCGUGAAGAGAACCAGUGCAGAAGAAACCGCUGCAAAAGAAUCUAGCACAAAGGAAGGCAGCACGAAGGAAGGCAGCACAAAGGAAGCCAGCACGAAGGAAGACAACACUAAGGAGACCAGCAAAGUAAAACUCAUCGUUCAGGAAGCCGGUGGUGCAAAAGAAACCAUCCCGAAGAAAACCACUGGAGAACCAAUCGGCCCAAAGAAAGCUAGCAUGAAGGAGGCUAGCACGAAGGAAGCCUCCGCAAAGGAAGCUUCUGUGAAGGAAGCCAGCUUAACUGAGCUGGGCUUGACGGAUGCGGGAUGGAGAGGCGAGAGCGCACGCGUUCCCAGCCAGGCUAGUAUCAUCAGCUGCCGCGAAUCGGGAAACUCUGACAUCCUCUGCGAGUGCAUCGAACUGCGGUCGGCAGCCGACGUCGCCCCGGGCGGUGGCGCCACCAUCUCCUGCUCGUGCGGCGAAUGUAGCAUCUGCGCACGCGCGGCGCUGACGUUUAACGGCGAGAUGGCGGCUGUGCGACUGAUGCCGCCGCCGCUGCCGCCGCCGCGUCGCCACCGGACGGACGCUGUGACGUCAUUGAGCGCACGGCAGACGCGUAGUAACGGGGAAGCGGGAGGUCUGUUGGUGGGCAAAGCUACGAUGGAGAAACAGCGGCAGGAGCUGUUGAAUGGCAACGGUCGGUGGCUGUUCACGGACACCAGCAAGCAGCAGCCGAGCUGA